GUGUCCCAUUCUGGCAUUUUCAUCGUCAGCAUUCCAGCUGUCUGAUGUCAUAGCACUGAAAACUCCCACAUAUCCUUCCGCAGCGGCGAUUAUACAAAGUAUUGCUUUUUGUUUGCAAUAAAUAUUACAAUUUAUGUAAUUCAUAUAAAUUCAUAGCAAUAUGUGGGUUCUGCAGCUCAAUGUUAACGCAUACUGACACAUAGUGGGAUAUAGGUCCGAUAUAGUGCUGCGGAUGUAGACCGAACCACUUGUUGCUCUUCCAAUCCCAGGAAGCGAAACACGCUUUGGAGCUGGAGUGAACUGUUCGACCAAGAAGCAUGGGGUGCUUCUUUAGUUUUGAACCGCAGCGAGACAGAACAUACAAACUGCCUCAAACUCUCACACUUAUUGAAAGAAACUCUAUCAAUUGACGUCGACGACACGAGCUUCAGGGACCGACUAAUAGUUGGACUUCUAGCCUGCGUUUGGCAGCUAACGGUCUGUCAGUUAGCGAUGACCCCGCGCGCACUAAUAGGAAGGCUUUCUAUGGACUAAACCAACACAGGCCGGGCCCGUGAGAAGCGUGAAUCAUGCCCUUGCCAUUCGGCCUGAAACUCAAAAGGACUCGGAGGUACACCGUGUCGAGCAAGAGCUGUCUUGUCACUCGGAUUCAGCUGCUCAAUGGCGAGUUUGUCGAGUUCACACUGUCGGUGGAGAGCACCGGACAGGAAUGUUUGGAGGCAGUAGCCCAGAGACUGGAGUUAAGAGAGAUAACGUACUUCAGUCUGUGGUACUUCAAUAAGCAGAACCAGCAGAGAUGGAUUGACCUGGAUAAGGCGCUGAAAAAGCAGCUGGACAAGUAUGGGCUGGAACCCACUGUUUACUUUGGAGUCGUGUUUUACGUUCCCACCGUCACCCAACUGCAACAGGAAAUCACAAGGUAUCAGUAUUAUCUACAGGUGAAGAAGGAUAUCCUGGAGGGGAGGAUCUCCUGUUCGCUAGAUCAAGCUAUACGUUUGGCUAGUCUGGCAGUGCAAGCCGACUUUGGAGAUUUUAAUCAAUAUGAUUCCCAGGAGUUCCUUCAGAAGUUUGCACUCUUCCCUAUUGACUGGAUUCAGGAUGAUCGAGUGCUGGAGGAGGCCACCCAGAAAGUGGCCCUUUUUUAUCAGUCUUUCCGAGGUUUACCGGCUCCAGAUGCAGAAAUGUUGUACAUGCAGGAGGUUGAGAAAAUGGAAGGAUAUGGCCAAGAGAGCUACCCUGCAAAGGAUAACACAGGCACAGAUGUUACUCUGGGUUCCUGCCUUGAUGGCAUCUUCGUCAAGUAUAAAAGCGCUCGACCGCCUCUGUUAUACAGGUGGCAUGAAAUUAACAACAUGAGUCACAAUAGGUCCUUUUUUGCCCUGGAGCUGGCCAACAGAGAAGAAAGUGUUCAGUUCCAGACAGAGGACAUGGAGACGUCCAAAUAUGUGUGCCGGCUGUGUUUGGCCCGAUUGAAGUUCUAUAAGAUCAACAAGAGCAGCCUCCAAACUCAGCCAACAGCUGUAAACACAGUCAGACGGAGAUCCUCCACCAGAAUAUCUCUGUCCAAGCCUCAGGCCUUCAUGAUGGCCCCCCCACAAAUGCACUACAACGGUCAUUUUACGGAGCCUUACUCAUCAUCACAGGAUAACCUGUACCUCAACGCUCAGAACGGUUUCUACUACCACUCCCAGACCAGCCUGGACCGCUCGCCCCUCGAGUACGGCAGCGGAGGGCGCUUGCGUAACGGCAGCGUGUACAGCGCCCACAGCACCAGCUCGCUGACCAACCCCCAGCACUACCUGCAGCCCUCGCCCAUGUCCUCCAACCCCUCCAUCACCAGCGACAUCACCAGACCCGACUACGUUCCCUCCCACCGCCACAGCGCUCUCAUCCCGCCUUCGUACCGCGCCACUCCGGACUACGAGACCGUGAUGCGUCAGAAGAACCGAGGCGCUGGCGGCGGGAUGCUGCUGUCCCAGGAGCAUCGACAGAGCCACUCCAUGAGGAACCUGAACAUCGGGAACUCCUACGCCUACAGCAGACCAGACCCUCUGGUCUACAGCCAGCCAGAGAUCCGGGGUGAGCACGGGGAAAUGUCCCAGCAGCACCACCACCCGUUUCACCUGGGCUCUAGCUUCCACAGCCCCUCCCCGUACCCCUACCCUCCGGAGCGCAGGCCCGUCGUGGGGGCCGUCAGCGUCCCAGAACUCACAAACGUGCAGCUGCAGCAGGCGCAGGAGUAUCCUGCUCCCAACAUCAUGAGGACACAAGUGUACCGGCCGCCGCCCCCUUACCCGUACCCCUACCCUCGACCUGCCAACAGCACGCCCGAUCUGUCUCGCCAUCUGUACGUCAGCAGCAGCAACCCCGACUUGAUCAUCACCAGGCGCGUGCACCACUCAGUCCAGACCUUCCAAGAGGACAGCCUGCCCGUCGCUCAUUCGCUGCAGGAGGUCUCCGAGCCUCUGUACAGCGGGCCCCCCCACAGGCAGCCGUACCACGGCCACAAGCGCAACUCCAUCGAGAUCGCUGGUUUGGCUCAGAGCCUCGAGGGCGUGAGGUUCAAAGAGCGGACGUUGUCCUCCUCAGCCGCAGAGACGAACACGCCUCCUCCUCCUCUGGCGCCACAUGGCGGUCGCUCUCAGGGCUCGCAGCUCAACGUGUUCCUGGAGCAUUCGAACACCGAGGAGAGGGGAGACGUUAAACCGGAGGUGCGGUACGGACACAAGAAGUCCCUCUCUGAUGCCACCAUGCUGGUUCACAGCAGUGGAGAAGAGGAGGAGUUUGAGGACGAUGGCGGGCGCCACACUCCGCUUUCAGAGGAGGCCAUUGCAGCCAUCGUUCCCGAGCAGCCGCGCCACAACCUGCCGCCGCAGCAACAAACCCCCAUAGAGCCUCCUCCUGCCUAUCCCAUCGGCUCAGCGCUGGACCCUUCCGUGACCAGUUCCAUGACCUACAAAGUUCACCCCCGCAUACAAGAAAGCGAGCCUCUUUACCUCCUGCCAGAGCCGAGGCAGCCCAGGAUCAUGCCCUCGGUGUCGGAGGGAAAUCUGAGCGAGGCCAAGAUCAAGCCAAAGAAAGAGCUGAAGAAGAGGCCGGUGUCUGACGUUCCCUCAGGGAAGAGCGCCGUGGAGGGUCUUCCUCCUCCGGGUAUGAAGAAAGGACUGAGGUCAGAGGUCAGGAACAUGGGCCCCCUGAAGAUGGCACACCUGAACGGGCUGUCGGUGUCACGGCAGCCGGUGUACGAGGAGGCCAAGGAUGACCCCGAGCGAGCGUCUAACGAUGAGAGGUGUAAACUGCUGGAGCAGCACAUGGAGCGCGGCGAGCUCCUGCGCGAGUUCGAGAACAUCCCCAAGCGUCGGCCGGGAGGCGAGUGGACCAUCGCUCUGCUGCCGGAAAACGGCGACAAGAACCGUUUUCAGGACGUUCUGCCGUACGACGACACUCGCGUGGAGCUGGUUCCCACUAAAGAGAACAACACGGGUUACAUCAACGCGUCACACAUCAGAGUGACGGUCGGUGGACAGGACUGGAAUUACAUCGCCGCUCAGGGUCCGCUGUCCAACACGUGUCCCGACUUCUGGCAGAUGGUGUGGGAACAGGGCAUCUCCAUCAUCGCCAUGGUUACCGCUGAAGAGGAGAGCGGGCGAGAGAAGAGCUUUCGAUACUGGCCCCGGAUCGGCUCGCGGCACACCACGCUGACGUUCGGUCGCUUGAAGAUCACCACUCGCUUCCGCACGGAGUCUGGCUGCUACGCCACCACGGGGCUGAAGAUCAAACACCUCCUGACCGGACAGGAGAGGACGGUGUGGCACCUGCAGUACACGGACUGGCCCGACCACGGCUGUCCAGAGGACUUCAAAGGCUUCCUCACAUAUCUGGAGGAAAUCCAGUCUGUCAGGAGACACACGAACAGCAUCAGUGACCCAAAGCAGACCAUCCCGCCUGUGCUGGUCCACUGCAGCGCCGGAGUGGGUCGAAGUGGAGUGGUCAUCCUGUCUGAGAUCAUGAUCGCCUGUCUGGAGCACAACGAGACGCUGGACGUUCCAAAGGUUCUGAUGGCGCUGCGGGCUCAGAGGAUGCUGAUGGUUCAGACUCUGUCGCAGUACACCUUCAUUUACAAAGUCCUCAUCCAGUACCUCCGGAACUCCAGGCUCAUCUGAUCCGGGAUCCACACAAGAUGCUGAAGCCAAACUUCUUUUUUUUUUUUUUUUUUUAAUCUAUUUUUGGCCAAGUAUUAACUUACUUUGAAGGACGUUUGGAAACAUGAAGGAUAAACGGCACAUGAAGAAACUGUGAUCCGCUUCUAAACAGUGUUAUACAUACAAACCAGCACUUUCAUAGAAUAUUGAGCAAAUCCUUAAAAUAUAUACGUCUACUGAAAA